GGUGGGGGUGGGGGGUUCUGGGUAAGACUGUAAACUCCUCGAGGGCAGGGCUAGUUCCUUUUUUGGUCCGGGUAGCCCAAGGACCCGCCACCCAGUAGCCGCUUUCUAGGUGUUUAUUUGUUCUUUGGCCGGAAGAGGGAGAAGGCGGCGGAGGAGAAACAAAGAGAGCCUCCAAAUCGGGAUUUUAGAAAGGAACGUGUGAUGGGGCGGGAGUGCGCUUCCGCUCCUUGGGGGUCACCUGGCAGCUUGACGACCGUUCGGUGGCAUGACCGGAGAGGAGAUUCCUGCUCAGCCGCCUCUCCCCCUCCCUGUGCUCAGGCCUGGAGCCGAGCCUGAGAAGGAAGGAGGGGCAGAGAAGUUGGCCCCGGGCUGGCCAUCCUCUGCUUCCCCACCAGGGGCGGGGGUGAAGUCUGCAAACCUAAUGAGGGGGAGAACCCGUGUAGCCCCUGCAUCUGCAGCCACCAGAGGCCCCGGGCUCAUUCCUGCCUGGACACACCAAGAGAGGAGAGCUCCCGAGGAACUCCCCGUCCCCCCGCCAGCGCCCCCAGCCCCUGGCCCCAGCCAGCGGAGCUCUUCGGCUGAGGAGCCCUAGCCUAGGCACACGGAGGCUGGUCUCUGACUCUCAGACUUAAGAACCAAUCACUUGGGAACUCUGGAACACAGGAUCACUGACAAGCAGAACCAAGUGGACCCAAGAAUCAGGCAGGCGGGUCAUGGAGGGCUCAGGCGAGAGGCUGGUCCUCAACGUGGGAGGCGUGCGUUAUGAGACGUACCACAGCACUCUUCGGGCCUUCCCUGGCACCCGGCUCUAUCAGCUGACAGAGCCACCCAUGGGUAGCCCCUUGGCUCGAGAGGUCUUCUUCGACCGUAGCCCCCACCUCUUUGGCUACGUACUGGGCUACUACCGAACGCGCCAGCUGCACUGCCCCCCAGACAUAUGCCGGGCGGUGCUGGAGGAAGAGCUAGCCUUCUGGGGGCUAGCCGAUGCCCCCUUGGCCCCCUGCUGCUGGCUGAAGCUCAGUGGUGGUGACGGACGGGCGGAGGACUUCCAUGCCUGGGAGGAGAGUGAGCUGGGUGAAGAACAAGGUCUGCUGGGACCCAUCGAGAGCCCCAACUCCACCAGGGCCCAGGGGACCUGGAAACCAUGGCUGUGGACUCUGCUUAACCAGCCCUGCUCCUCCUUAGCGGGCAAGUGUGCUGCCCUCCUGUCUAUGCUCUUCCUCCUGGGUGUCCUGGUCAUCUUCUUCCAAGAAACUUCAGUGCAGCUGGAGUACUUUACGUCCAACUUCCGGCCCCUGGAGCCCUGGGAUGGUGAGAAGGAUGGCCUGCCUCCACCUCAGGCCCCUACCCCAGGCUUGGUGUACCAGCGAGCCCCCCACCUUCUCUACCUGGAACUGCUGUGCGUGCUGUGGUUCGGAGCUGAGCUGCUGGCUCGAAGCAUCUCCUGUCCCAACAAGGUCAAGUUUCUGCGCAGCCCGAUGACCCUGGUUGACCUGGCAUCCCUCUUCCCUGUGCUGGUGGAGCUGGCUGUGGGCCGGCGAGCUGAGCGCCACCCCCGCCUCUGCUUGGUGCUGGGCGCCCUGCGGGUGCUUUACGUGCUUAAGCUGGGCCGCCUCCUGGGACUGGUGGAGAAGCCACUGGCCCUGCGGGUGCUAGCUCACACACUGCGCUCAUCCUGGCGUGAGGCGGGCCUCCUUCUCCUACUCUGGGCUGGAGAGAUCUUGCUGUUUGGCUCUCUCUUCCUCUACGGGGAGCUGCUGGGCACUGGCCAUGGCCAGGGUCAGAGUGAGGUACACUUUGCUGACAUCCUCACCUGUUUCUGGUGGACGGUGAUCACCCUCACCACCGUGGGCUAUGGGGACAUCUACCCCAUGUCUGCCUUGGGCCAGGUCACAGCCGCCAUCACAGCGAUGGCAGGCAUGCUGACCAGUGUCCUUCUGGUGCCCAUCCUCCUGGUCCGCUUUCAGAGAUGCUACGCUGUUGCCCUGGCCCGUCAGAAGCUGAGGCCCAGUGGGACCCUGUGAUGGGACAGGCUCCAGGCUCCUCGGGGAGGUGGGAUGGGACCCCAGGUGCCUGCCCUGACUAUUUCAGUUCCCCAGGGAAAGCUUAACACGGAGGCCACUGGUCCUCCCAUCCCUGCCCACCCAACUCUGUGCCGAACGUUGCCAGGUCAUCCUGUACCCUUUUCCUGCUUCAUAAAACAAUCUUAUAGCUCCGUUCUGUCCCAAGGCAAACGGGGUCAGGUUCAGGCCCAUGGCGCCAUUACUAGGGCUUUUGUAGGGGGUGGGGAGGUGUCUAUAGCUUGGAGUCAUUUGCCCUCUGUUCCCAAACCAUCUCAUAGUCAUAGAUUGAGAGCAGGACGAGAUCUCGGAGGCCAUCGAGUCCACCCCCCUCGUUUUGCAGAUGAGGAAACUGAGGCACGCAGAGGUAAAGUGACUUGCUUGGAGUCACACAAUCAGUAUGUGCCUGAGGUGGAAUUUGAACCCGGGUCUUCCUGACUCCAAGUGCAGCGCCUCUAUCCAUUACACGGAGAUGCCUUCAUCUUCUGAAAGGGCAGGGCUGGAUAGAGGUUGGACCUCCACGGUCCUAUGCCCCCUGGCCCCUUCUUCUUAGCCCAGCCUCCAGGUUCUCAUCUCUAGAUGAAGAGAAGAAACGUGUCAACUCUGUGGACCUACCUGGGUGCUGCUGGCAGAGGUGGAGCUGGAGAAGAUGCAGUUCUCAAAGGCUGUCACUAGGUGGUGGUGGCAACACUCAUACUCUAAAGUGCUGGGAGGGUGGGAGAUGAGGUGACCUGUGCACACAGGAUUUAGAGCUAGAAGGACGCUUAGGAACAAUGUUGUCUUACCCCAUUGUUGGAAAGAGGAAGAAACCAAGGCCUGUAGAAGGGCCUGCCAUUUGAAAGCAGGUCCUCGCGUUCCAAAUCCAAUGCCUCCCACCUUUCUGUUGGGCACUCUGGCAGAUUCCCAGCAAUUUCUCCUGAUCCCCACAAUCCCUUUCCCAUACCCCUCCAGGGGGGACCAAAAGCCUCCAAAUGUUAUUGCUUCUGUAGCUGCCUCACCCUUCCCCGGAAGGGGUCAGAGCUUCUGUUAGCAGAUUAAAUUGUAUCAUUAGAGCCACCAAUAUUAUUUGCUUCCCCUUCUAGUGCCCCCAUUAAUACUGGUAUCCCCAUAUGACAUUUAAGGAAACUGAGGCUCAGAAUGGUCUCACUUCCCAUCCAUUCUCAUGUGCUGAUCACUGUGAAAGAGGUAGGGCAGGAGCUAGACCCAUUUUCUAGAUGAUGAAAUUGAGGCCUUAGAGAGGGGAAGCAUCUCACUCAAAGUCACAUGGGAGUGGCAGAGCCAAGGUUAGACCUCAGACCUCAGGAACCCCCAAACUCAAGGCUCCUUCCUCCUAUUCGACCACUAGCAACUUGGGUCAACACCAACAUGGCCCUUUAUGAUCUAUUGGCAAUUAGACCUGCGCAAUUAGAAUCCACAGCCUGGGUGGAUCCUUAAGUAGAAAGAAUAGAACACAGGCUGUGGGAGUUUUGAAAUCAUCACACCUAAACCUCCCACUUUAUAGAUGGGAAAAAAAACAAUCCAGAGAGGGAAACAAUCACCCAAGGGUAGAUACUAAGUCCCUUUCCUACCCUCUUCCAUCUCAGCUUUGUUCCAAGGAGAUUCUCCUUUACUCCCGAGCCAACUCUAUGGCCUGGCCAACUGGGGUCAAUCUUUCUGGUCUCUCAAGAACCAUCUGUAGCUCCCUAUUGACCUGACAUAAACCACGAACUUCUCAGUCAACCUUUGUAGGUUUGUUGCACAUUACUGCCCUUCACCAACUACACUAAUCGAAGUACCUACCUUAUUUGCUAUUCUCCAAACUCAGAAUUCCAUCUCUGGCUUUUGUAGAGGCUAGAGUACACUCCCUCUUCACCUCUGCCUUUUAAAAUCCCUAACUCCCUUUCAGGCUCAGCUCUCCUGCCCCCCACUUCCUUUGGGAAGCCAACCAUAAUCUCCCUAGUUAUUGAUCUUCUUUUUCAAAGUAUUAUGUAUAUGCUUACUCUGCAUGUGGUACCACCCCCUUCCCCUGAGUAGAAUAGAUUGUAAGCCCCUUGAGGGCAUUAUUUCCUUUCUGUCUUUGUAUACUCCGCUUCUAGUGCAUUGCACAUAGUAAAUGCUCAAAUAAAUGCUUAUUGGAUUA